AUGUAUUUCAAACAAAUAAAUUGGACAACAAUAAAGCUCCCACCAAGACUCUUGGAGAUUCCUUGGAAAUCGAUGAAAGAGAAUAAACGAUUCAAAGUAUCAUAUAUUUCUUUCACAUGUAGACACCUUUUAACUCUUCAUGUGACCUUAAUCUUACUUUCAAUCCUAACCAAACCAUCAAGUAAAAGAAUGAAAUUAUCUCUAUCAAUCUUUACACUAUUUCUUUUGCUACUCUUACUACUAAACAGCAGUUACUAUAUCAAAGCACAAACUCUUUCACAAUUAGAAUUGGAUAGUGCAAUAUUUAUAAUUAAACAAUAUGGAAUUGAAAUACCACAAAACCAAUCAUUAUGUAAUUAUGGAUCACCUAUAGUUUUUGAAUGUAUCAAUAGUAGUAGUGAUAAUACUCAUCACAUUAACAAAAUAACGAUAACAGGAAAUAAUUUUAUAGAUGUUGGAACACCAAAUGUAAAUCAAGUAUUUGAUUUUCCAAGACUUGAUUCAUUUUACUUGACAAAAAGUGUAACAAAAAAUUAUAGUAUAAAUAUAUUGGAAUAUUUUAAAAAUGCCCCUUCUAUUAAAUCAUUCUAUAUAAAUGGACCACAAACCACAGUACCAAAUGAAUUCUUUUCAAUCAUGACCAAUCUAACCACAAUACAAUUUCUAACACUACAAUCUCUACCCAAUGUAGCCACUGUCAUUGUCAAUAUUCCAACUUGUGAAUUUUUAUAUGAUUUAAAUAUUUCCAAUCCAGAGACUCUAACUACACUUUAUAUGAGUGGUCCACUCACAACUUGGUUCCCAAAAGAUUUUAAACUAUAUCAAAAACUUGCUUCUUUGUCAUUUAAUGGGAUCAAUUUUACAACAGAAAAUCCAAUUAUAGAUUAUCCACCAAAUCUUUUCUCUCUUGCCAUAACAAAUACCAAUAUGACCACUUUUCCACAAAUCCCUCUUCCAAAAACUUUAGGUUCAACACAAUUAUUUUCAAAUAAUUUUACAACCUUUCCAUGGGAUUUAUUUCAAGAUUCAAAACAAAUUUCUCCUAUUGACGUAUCUGAAAAUCGUAUACUAGCUGGAACAGUUCCAGAGUCAAUGUGUAAAUUCAAAUUAAAAAUUCAAAAUACCUCUAUUACAAGUGUUCCAUCAUGUUUUUGGUGUUAUCAAUGGACCAUACAAACCAGUCUUUUACAACCUCCCAAUUUCAUCUGUCCAGUAACAUUUGACAAUCAAACCAUUGUCACUAGGAAUGGACAAGCUUUGGUAUAUGGAUCCAAUCUAGGUUAUGGAAUCCAAACGAUAAAUUAUACUCUUACACUGAUCAUACCAAACUCUGUAUUGAAUAUGAAAAUACCCAGUUUUGCUCCAUUUAAAACUUCACAACCACAGGUUUUAUCAGUUAACCUUUCAACCAAUGCCAAUACAUCUUAUAAUCUAAAUGUAAUUGAAGCUGGUGUAGAUAUUUUAAAUAUCAACAAUGUAGAUAAUUUCACCUAUACUCAACAACCAUCAAAUCUACAAAUCAAAAUUUUAUUUGCAAGUUUAAAUCCAAAUCUACAACAUCAAGUUGGAUUGAAUUCUUCCCUACCUUGUAAUAUUGUAUCAAUUACUACAAACUAUAUUAUAUGUAAUACUAGUAUUAUACCUGAUCCAGGUAGUUAUAAUAUUACAAUCUCAAAUCAAUAUUAUCAAUCAUUUUAUUUAUUUAAUUUUAUUCCAAAAUAUCCAACAGUUACAGCAGGAAUUAUAAAUGAUAAUAAUAAUAAUAAUAAUAAUAGAUCAAAAUUAAUUAGUUUAUAUGGUUAUUAUGGUAAUUUAAAUUAUUCAAAUACAUUGGUAUUGAUUAAUAAUACAUUGAUAUGUAAUAUUGGAUUUAUAAAUGAUAGAUUAAUUAAUUGUACCAUCGAAACAAUUAAUCAAAAUUAUGGACCAGCUUCUAUAAAUGUUCAAAUCGAUAAUCUUCAAUAUUUUAAAAAUGAUGUACUUUAUUUUUAUCCUCCAAACAAAAACAACAACAAUACAGAUCAACUUUUAAAACAAUGUCAAGAAACAACUCUAAAUUGUUUCGGUAAUGGUCAAUGUAAUGAAUUUGGUAAAUGUGAUUGUAUUGAAAAUUAUAAUCCAAUUGAUAAUUGUUUAACAAAAUAUUUCAAUUCAAGUGUAAAUACAACAACAGAUCCAUUAAAACCAACAACUUCAUUUGAUAUUAAUGGUGUUGAUUUCCAAUUUGAAAUUGUAUCAAUUCAAGAAUUAAAUUCUGAAAAUGAUGACAUGGUACAACAAUUAAUAGUAGACAAAUGGAAUUCAACGAUUACAACAAUCAAUUCAACAACCAUUGCAAAUUAUUAUUUAAUUGUAAAUCAAAGCGAGGUUACAAUGCCAUUAUUAAAUGUAUCUGCUGUUAUAUCAUAUUCACCUAAAGCAAGAACAACGAUGUUUGGGGGAAAUGAAAUCGAAAUGAAUCCAAAUUCAAUCAAACUAUCAAUUGAAAUUAAUAAUUGGGAAUUUAAUAGUAACAUCAAUUCGCUUAGAGUACUUUUCAAAACUAGUCUCCCAAAUAAUCAAAGUAUUGAAAUAUGUCAACAAGCAAGUGAUGAAAUCAAAUCAAUAUCAUAUGACCUAUCAUCAAGUAGUAUUCAAUAUCUAAGAGUAUUAAAAGAUGGAAUUCAAUUUACAGGUAGAUUCUUGGAUUAUAUUGUAUCUGAUGGUCGAAACACCUAUUCAAGAACACAAUUGGUAUCAUUAACACCGUCAGAACAAUCAACAACGGAAUCUAUAGCAUUGAUUGGUAUUUUAUUACCACAAUGUCAAUCAUGUAUUAUUGAUCCUGAUUUUACACCUCUGUUGGUUGAUACAAGUCAAAGUCAAUGUGGAGACAACCCAUCAAAUAAUAACACAUGGAAGAUUAUUGUUGGUGUAACAAUUGGUGGAUCAAUAUUUAUUGCUGCCAUUAUAGGUGCCAUCAUUUAUGCUAAAAAGUAUACUAAUCUAAAAUAUAAUAUUUUUAAAUUAAAAAAUUUAAAUAAAUCAAAUUAA